AUGAUCAUCGCCACAAUUCAACAUAUCGACAAUGUCGACUCUCCUGUCCUGUCCUGUCCUGUCUCGCCAAGUCCUCUCAAAGAACAAAGCGGCGAUAAACUUUCUUCUUUCUUCUUUACUUCGUUGUCUCUAGUUUUUAAAGUUGUGUUGGGGAAACAAGGAUCCAGCCGUGAAAACGAUCAUCUCUCGGCUCCUCCACUGGUUACUCUCACUAAGAACAGUGGUCUGGUCGGGUCGGCCCAGGAAAUCUCUAGUGUAGCGUAG